GUCCGUGUGCCCAUUUGGAUUGAAGUAACUCAGACGACAAUCUCAUAAUUUCUUUGGGAAACACUACACUUGGAAUCCUCAAGAGACAGGAGUCAGAAACCAGACUUUAAAAGAAAAAGGAAAACUAUCCAUUAUGAACCUUAAGCUAGAGCUACGCGCCAUUAUCUUGCUCCCUGUGUACUUACUGAUAUCUAUGUACAGUGCUCUUGUAUUCAUACCAUGGUAUUUUCUUACCAAUGCUAAGAAGAAAAAAGCUAUGGCAAAGCGCUUAAAAGCUAAGCCCAUCUCGGACAACCCUGGAAGCCCAUACCGAGCCAUUUCCCAUCUUGAGACACUAGCCACUAUAGACUUUCCUGGAGCAGACACUUUGGACAAAUUGUUUGACCAUGCUGUAGCAAGGUUUGGGAGAAAGGAUUGUCUUGGAACAAGAGAGCUCCUGAGUGAAGAGAAUGAGAUGCAGCCCAACGGAAAAGUAUUUAAAAAGCUGAUCCUAGGAAACUAUAGAUGGCUCAACUAUGAAGAAGUGAAUCAGAAAAUUAACUACUUUGGGAGCGGAUUAGCUGCAAUAGGGCUGAAACCAAAGAGCACAGUUGCCAUAUUCUGUGAAACACGAGCAGAAUGGAUAAUCACAGCCCAGACCUGUUUCCGGUACAACUUUCCUCUUGUUACUUUAUAUGCAACCCUUGGAGAAGAGGCAGUAACCUAUGGGCUGAAUGAAUGUGGAGCAUCGUACCUAAUCACUAGUAUAGACCUUUUAGAAGGCAAACUUAAGAAUGUAUUGUCAGACAUCACUUGUCUCAAACAUAUCAUUUAUGUUGACAAGAAGACUAUCAAUAAGUCAGACUAUCCUGAAAGACUGGAGAUCCUUAGCAUGCAAACAAUAGAAGAACUCGGAGCCAAACCAGAGAACUUAAACAUCCCUCCCAGCCGGCCUCUUCCUACGGAUCUGGCCUUAGUAAUGUACACCAGCGGGUCCACUGGGAGGCCCAAAGGAGUGAUGAUGAUGCAUAAAAACCUGAUAGCUGGAAUGGCGGGACAGUGUGAACGAAUACCUGGACUGGGACCCAAGGACACGUACAUUGGCUACCUGCCUCUUGCUCACGUCUUAGAACUGACAGCAGAAAUUUCCUGUAUUACUUACGGCUGCAGGAUCGGAUACUCCUCUCCACUCACACUAUCCGACCAGUCAAGCAAAAUCAAGAAAGGGAGCAAAGGAGACUGUACUGUCCUGAAACCCACCCUGAUGGCAGCUGUACCGGAAAUCAUGGAUCGAAUUUAUAAGAAUGUAAUGAGUAAAGUUCAAGAGAUGAACUAUAUUCAAAAGACAUUGUUCAAGAUAGGUUAUGAUUACAAAUUGGAGCAAAUCAAAAGGGGAUAUGAUGCACCACUCUGUAACUUUUUACUGUUUAAAAAAGUGAAAGCACUGCUUGGAGGGAAUGUCCGUAUGAUGCUGUCUGGAGGUGCACCCCUUUCACCUCAAACACAAAGGUUUAUGAACGUCUGUUUCUGCUGUCCUGUUGGCCAAGGUUACGGGUUAACAGAAACCUGUGGAGCAGGAACAAUUACGGAAGUUACUGACUACAGCACUGGCAGAGUAGGAGCUCCUCUUAUCUGCUGUGAGAUUAAAUUGAGAGACUGGCAAGAAGGAGGCUAUACAAAUAGAGACAAACCAAACCCCAGAGGCGAGAUUAUAAUUGGUGGACCCAAUGUCUCAAUGGGCUACUUCAGAAAUGAAGAGAAAACAGCAGAAGACUUCAUCACUGAUAAAAAUGGUCAACGGUGGUUUUGUACUGGGGACAUUGGAGAGUUUCAUCCUGAUGGCUGCCUGCAAAUCAUAGAUCGCAAAAAAGAUUUGGUGAAGCUGCAGGCAGGAGAAUAUGUAUCACUGGGCAAGGUUGAGGCAGCCCUGAAAAACUGUCCGAUUAUUGACAAUAUCUGUGCUUAUGCCAAAAGUGAUCAGUCUUAUGUGAUCAGCUUUGUGGUUCCCAAUCAGAAGAAACUAACCGAUCUUGCUGAACAGAAAGGUGUGACCGGAACUUGGGUGGACAUCUGUAACAAUCCUAUCAUGGAAUCUGAAAUCCUGAAAGAGAUUAAGGAGGUGGCUAACAAAAUGAAGCUGGAGAGAUUUGAAAUACCAGUCAAAGUACGGCUCAGCCCAGAACCCUGGACCCCAGAGACCGGCCUGGUCACAGAUGCUUUCAAACUGAAACGGAAAGAGCUGAAGAACCAUUACCUCAACGACAUUGAACGAAUGUACGGAGGUAAAUAGCCUCCAAACCACCUUAAGAUGGAAGCUGUGCAAGGUUCCUUUGAAGACU